GUGUUUCAAUGGGCUAGCUGUGAACGUACCGCGGUACCGGUAUGUUUUGAAACGCUGCUUGUUUUCGGUGCAUUCCAGCUGAGCGGAGUACCGAGUGAAUCUCUGUAAAAUCUUCUAAAGAAAGGUAGGCGCAGGGCCAUAGAACCUUUGUGUUGCCUUUUGCUCAUCUGAAUUAACCUCCAGCUCCACUUCUCAACCUACUUGGCAGCUGUCUUAACUCCUAUCAUACACAUUGCUCGAGCAUUGAAGAACGGCCAACGCUGCAUGGCGGCAACUGCCAAGCCGAGUGUGGCCAGUCUAACUUGAUGUGACCUUGUGCUUUGUACUGUCAAGGCCAGUCUUCAGUCCCUCAGAGCGAUCACAGAUUCUACAUCCCACCACGGCUCUGUGGAGUGUUCACCAACCUUAGUGCCCAAGCAGAUUGUUCUUCAUGCCACUAGAAUGGCGCUCCCUUUAUGUCAGCAUUGGCUACCAGUGUUCUUCAGUUUGGAUGGUGAUUUUAUAGUGGAGGAGUCUGAAAGUGGUGUAAAACUAAAUCAUAAAUAGCAAAGAUACCCUAUCCCUUUGAGGUUAUUAUCCACAUUUUUAUUCUUACCGACCAGUGUCUUUAAGAAGAUAGUUAUAUGUUUACUUGUGUGUAGGAGUUCAGGCUGAUGACAUCAUGGGGCGUCAUUCGCUUGCUCGCAUCGCCCAUCCGUGCAGGAAAUGCUCUGAAUGUACAUACUGUGGCAAAAAGGCGGAGGUUGAGCUUAAAUCUUUUUUUCAUAUUGUGAACUGGGAGGAGAAUGAUAAAGACACUCUUCUGAAAGACUUUGGUCUCGGUAGUGAUUGCUGCCUAUGUAACAGAUGUCGUAUUGAAAUUCGGCAGAGUAUGAAGGGACAUGUCAAGAAAUCAAGGAAGAAGCAGCGUCCUCCCUGCUUUCUUUCGAGGUAUCAACUUUGCGACGAAGAUAGCUGCACAGAAACGCAAGAAGAGUGGUCUCGAGUUGUCGCGACAUUUAAUCUCCAGGAAGCGACUCAAACAGAGGUCCCAUCUACACUUUCGCUGUGUCAAGGCCAUUACAGGAAGCUGAUUGACUCCAGGAAAGUAAGGUGCAGCAAGUGCCAACAUUUGAUCCGCGGAAGGAAAAGAAAGUGUCCGAAGCCAGAUGGCAUAAAUGACUUAAAUAAAGAAAUUGGAAUUCAUUCCUCUCGGAUGGACAAGAGCGUUGUCUGUUCUGUAUGCUACCAUCAGUGUAGGCGAGAGAUUUUUCGUCACCAGAAACUGAAGACUGCCUCAACGAUUCAAGAUCUAAAGGAAAUUGUCACUUCUUACGAAGAGAUGGCAGAAACCACAAAGGAUGAGGACUUGGAGACCUAUGCAUCAGCUAAAGCUGUUGUAUUCGCUGGUCGACAGUUCCUGAACAACAGAGCAGUUUUGCUGAAAGAAAUCCAGAAGAAGUACCAUCAAUACUGGCAAGAAACUGAAAGUGAAUGUCGGACACAAGAACUUGGGCCAAAUUCGAAGACAAACCAGUCGAUGAUGCUUGACCUUAUUGUAGCAUAUGGUCAUCAUCUGAUAUGUGUGACAUCCAGAAUUAAGUUACAUGGAACCAUGGUGAUGUGGAAAGGCUCUGAUGUUACAUCCAUGCUUCAUACUGUCUUGUACGAACAAUUGACUAAUAAGACAGCGGAAGCAACAUCAACAUCAUCCGUGCCAGUGAAGAUGGACCCUGAAUCCGUGUCAGAGAAGAUGGACCCUGAAAGUACUUCAAGCAACCAUGUUUUGUCUAAAGCUGCCCAAUUAGGUUGGGAAUAGCAUCGUCAAGGACAACACUUGAUGCCCAUAAGAAUGCUGCUAUAAGGACAGACUUAAAUACCACGCGAAGGAAGCGUGACGCAGCUGCCGCUGCUUUUGCAUCUGUGGGCAAUGUAGACAAAGGAUCUCCACAUGCAGUUGUAACUGCAGAUGGCAAACCUAGGAGCGUUCACGGGACGAGCUACCAAAUUUUCCCUCAGCCAACCCAAAAUGUUGAUUUUGGAGAUGAU